AUGCCAUUCAAGAAUGCAUUGGGUGAAUCCAUGGGAAACGUACCACGUUUACAUCGACUUUCUCUGAAUUUCCUCAAACUUUCAGGGAUUUUGUCGGGAAGCGGCGAAUCCUCGGGCUUCGACAGGAUCCCAAGCAUAUCCAGUACUUGCCGACAUCCGAAAACUACCGUUCAGAUUCAUAUAGCAAGAAGUCCAACAUGUUUCGAUAGAUUCCCCACGGAUUUGACAGUUUCCAAUGCUUGCUCUGUGACGAUCCCAUCGUAG